AGGUUUCUUUACUCAGAUGAAGUUCAAAUUGGUCCAGAAACAGUCAUGACUACUUUAUACACUGCUAAAAAGUAUGCAGUCCCAGCCCUGGAAGCACAUUGUGUGGAUUUCCUAACAAAGCACCUCCGAGCAGAUAAUGCCUUUAUGCUGCUUACUCAAGCUCGUUUGUUUGAUGAACCUCAACUUGCUAGUCUGUGUCUUGACACAAUAGACAAAAGUACUAUGGAUGCAAUAAGUGCAGAAGGCUUUACUGAUAUUGAUAUAGACACAUUAUGUGCAGUUCUAGAAAGAGAUACACUUAGUAUUCGAGAAAGUAGACUCUUCGGAGCUGUGGUUCGGUGGGCAGAAGCAGAAUGUCAAAGACAACAACUACCUGUGACAUUUGGAAACAAACAAAAAGUCCUUGGAAGAGCUCUUUCCUUAAUCCGUUUUCCAUUAAUGACUAUUGAAGAGUUUGCAGCAGGCCCUGCUCAGUCUGGAAUCUUGUCAGAUCGGGAAGUAGUAAAUCUCUUUCUGCAUUUUACUGUCAAUCCUAAACCUAAAGUAGGUUAUAUUGACCGACCGAGAUGUUGCCUUAGAGGGAAAGAAUGCAGCAUUAACAGGUUCCAGCAAGUGGAGAGUCGCUGGGGCUACAGUGGAACAAGUGAUCGGAUUAGGUUCACAGUUAAUAGAAGAAUUUCCAUAGUGGGAUUUGGAUUAUAUGGAUCUAUUCAUGGACCCACAGACUAUCAAGUUAAUAUACAGAUAAUUGAUUAUGAGAAGAAUCAGACAUUAGGACAAAACGAUACUGGAUUUAGUUGUGAUGGAACGGCCAGUACAUUCAGAGUUAUGUUCAAAGAACCUAUAGAGAUCUUGCCAACCGUUUGCUACACAGCUUGUGCAACGCUGAAAGGUCCUGAUUCCCACUAUGGAACCAAAGGUUUGAAGAAAGUGAUCCAUGAGUCUCCUACUGCUAGCAAAACGUGCUUUGUAUUCUAUAGUUCACCAGGUAACAACAAUGGUACAUCAAUAGAAGAUGGACAGAUACCAGAAAUAAUAUUUUAUACGUAGUUUCACAUGAUCUUGUCAAAUGUGUCAGUGUAGCAGUGGACCUCAGCUCACUAUUGGCAGCAGUGAAAAAAUUCUGUGAAAUUACAUGAAUGUGUGGAAACACAACUAACUUGCUUGUGAGGUACCAGAAAAGCCAUUUUCUCUGCAUCGUUGUUGGCAGAAUGUAAUUAGUUUUUCCUCUUAACAAAACGUCAAGUGGAAUAAGUAUUCUGUAUAAUGAAAAGAUUGAUUUAAUUAGUAUCUUGUAAUGAAUUGCUUUGUAUUUUCACCCCUUCAUUUCUCAUGUAGUAAAACUCAUUUUUUGAACUGGAAAA